AAAAUGGCUGCCGAUUGUAUCGUGCGUGUAAGAACAUGGAUCAAAGAUAAUCUGAGAGUAUGGCCACCAGUGUACCUUUAAUGUAGGUGAAAAUCUGUGGCCGAGCGGAACCGGAACUGGACAUUAAAUUACUUUGGUGUUUGCGUUUGAGACUAACCAAACGGCUUGAUUUAAAUUUGGCUGUUGCGGUGUGGUCAACAUGCGGUCUGAUAAAGGAAGUAAAUCGUUUACAUUUCAUACACCACAGUUGGAUAUAGGAACACAUAAUGAGCCUGGAAAACCUCGAGUGACACGGCAGCGCCUUCAAGAUCGGUUUGACAACGAAUGCUCUUAUUCGUUAAAAUCAACCAAAGAAGACUUCAAGACGUCACAAAAAAGGUGGACGAAUUUGAAUCUGUCAUCAAUAUCUCUGCUUCCUAUUCAUUCACGUCGUGUUCUGCGAUCCGGGGCUGAUAAAUUGUCCCGAACUUUGAGUAAUGUCCGUACGACGUUUGGCACCCUUUCUCAAAAAUUUCGCUGCUCAACAAGGCGCCGUUAUCGUCUGAAGAAUGAGUCACCACACUCUCCUAUAACUCCACAGACUCGAUCUCGCCAUCUCUUGGGUCGUACUCCAACCAAACUGUACAGUCCUUUUGGAAUUGAGUCUCCAUAUCGGAGAAAUGUAAGAAGUGGUGGCAGCAGAGACAAAGAAAAUGUAACAAGUAUUGGCAAAUGCCCAACUCACCAGAGGGAAAGCACCCAUUCGAGCUGUUGCGGUUCAACACGUGGAUCUGGAUUUUGUUGUCAGAGCACUUUGCAUGAUGGCAAACGCCCGUUUUCUUUCUUUGGCCCAUGGCAGAAGUUUGAUUCAGAUUUGGAAGAAGCUCGUAUUGGCAUCUGGGAAUUUAAUCAGACUGCUAAUGAUAUUGUGAGACGCAGUUUGAGGCACUGAAUCAUAUCUGCACAGUUACUUUAUGUGCCAGUCACUUCGUUUUUAUCAGUAAAGUGAAACAAAAUUUAUUAUCUUUUGUCUUCUGAUAUUUAGCUACCAUGGUAGGUAUUUCAUGAUAUUACCAUCAACAGAAGAAACUGUUGAUAUGUGGUAAUGGUCAGUGUUAUGUAACAUACUGAUUUUGUUCAAUUUAUAUUUGUUGGGAGUAUAUGAGAAAAUACUGUGCAGUUUUUAUGCUUAAUAGCUUCAUUACAUAAACAUAUGGCUGCUGUAAAUCUGUGUAGAGUAUUUGUUUUAUAAUUUUUGUGGAUUUUGAGUGCUGAAUGAAAUAAGUCCCAUGUUUAAAUACUGCAGGUAAGGCAUUACUCAGGAUUUAUUUUCUCAUAAGCGGUUUUAGCAAUCCAUUUCCCUUAUUUUCAUCAAAAUCCUUGCACUUUUGUUGACAAAUGAUUUCUGCUAUGCAGAAAUAGAGGAGACUAGAUUUUAGUGAAAAGGAGUCUACAGAUAUGUUUUAUUCCAAUAUUUUAUAUCAUGCAUAUAUAUGUCAUAGUUUUGUAAGUAAAAUGACUUGCUGUAGAUUACAUGGCUGGAAUUUAAUUCCCAAUAUGGAAAUUACCAUCACUUCUAGAUUAACACUGACGUCCCAGUCUCCUGUCCAGUGGAAAGUGGGGGCUGUUUUCUGGGGGUAAAUUUUGUCAGCAUAUAAAUCUACUUCUAUAUUUCUCACAUAUAUCCAUGUUUAGAUAAUAGACGUUACUUGUUUGGGUAUUACAUGGGUGAUGCACUUUAACUUUUGUGGAUAGAACAGUUUUUUCACACAAAACAAUUCUUCGGUAUAGACAGGAGUGUUCCACCAAAGGGCUAUAAUAUAUUUUCAGAAAUAGAACAUCAAAUGUAAGUACUUGAUAUU